AUGUCGGUAUUUUGUAUGAACGCAUGCUACCUUCAGGUUGAACACUCGAUUCUCGCCGAGGCAACACGCAUGGCCCUAGCCCUUCGAUACCACAAAUCAGCUUUAGAUGGAGGCCAAGCGGUAUGCCGGAGGACCUUUUGGGUGAUAUAUCACCUCGAAAAGCAGUACAGCUUUCAAGCGAGACAAAGCCCCGGAAUUGCCGAUUACGAUGUUGGUUGCCCAGUUCCCAACGUUCCGGAGUCGACAUUCGGGGAAUACAACUGGUCGUCCAGACGAUUUGGCAGGGUUCUUUCCGUGGCGUACGAGCAAAUGCUUUCCAUCACGGCGUUGACCCGUGACACGCAAAUUCUCUUAUCCGCCAUUUCUCGAGUCCGUGGUAUGCUCGAAGGUUGGAGGCAAUCUGUUCCGGUUGACUUUCGGCCAAAGGAGCAGCUGAACAAGCAGCGUCUCACCGGUCCACGCACUAAGCAAAUUGCACUUUCGACGCAACUCUACUAUUUUCAUUCGGUGAUUGCCCUGGAACGGAUGUCUCUUCAACUGGACGCAGACGGUGGCCAGAGACAACAAGAAAGCAGAAAGGACCUGUUGCAGGCAGCUAGGACAGUCAUUGAACUAACUCGGUACAUCGAUGUCGAGCCGUACACACCAGUUUUCACUCUAGCCAUCAUGCCCUUGUCGGCACUUUUCAUCUUAUUUGACUUCACUAUCUACAACCCACAGCACCCCGAUGUCCGCUCAAAUCUCACUCUGUUGGAUAUCACCGUUGGUCACUUCAGCCUUCUUGACCACGCUUCCGGAGGAUCACUACCAGGAAGUCAUCUGAACCCAUGA